CAUCACACAAUCACUGCUCAUCGUCUUCCUUCGAUCAACAAAGUAGGGAUGCGCAAAAGGUCCGCCCCCACAUACAUCAGCUCAGGCGAACAUGCAGUCUCAUUUCUCCAUGACGACACCUCCUUUCCUCCUCCUCCUCCUCCCUGCAAGCCUCCUCGGCUGCCCUCAUUCAACCCGCUGACACCACCAGCGACGACAUAAGACGAUGCAAAGUGCAGCCCGGCGGCCAUUUGCAGACCUCGGCUGUUUUUUUAUUGACCCGCAGCACAUUCUAAACGUACCAUUUAGCCACAAAACGACAAAGAAAAACAGCAACAGCAGCAACAUUUGAAAAAUUAGUCGUUUUGCGAGAACAACGUCGUAAUGUUGUGAGGAAAACUAGUGUUGUUUUAAAGUCAACAUGUUAAAGAAAAUAUGUUUUUAUUAAAAAAGUCAUAAUAUGAGACAAAAACAACAAAACAAACAAAACUAAAUUUUUGGAAAAUUUGGUGGGGGAAUUAAGUCAAAAUAUUGUUGGAAUAAAAACAGUUUGAAGUUGCUAUUUUUGUUUAGUUUGAGGAAAUAUUAUAGCAUUAUGGAUAUAAAGUCAAAAUAUGAUAGGAAUAAAGUCAUAAUAUUACAAGAAGAAAAUUUACAAGAAGAAUGUUGUAAUAUUUGCACUUUUUUUUUUUACAAGGAUAAAGUCAAAAUAUUAAGAGAAAAAUUGUAUUUUAGAAAAAAAGAAAAAUGUUGCAAUUUUACAAGAAUAAAUUUUAAUAUUAUGAGGAAAAAAUAAUGUCAUUUUAGGAGCAUAGAAUUGAAAUAUUCAAGAAAAUCUUUUUUUUUUUAAAGUUGAAAUAUUAUGAGAAACAAACAAAACAGCAUGAAGUUGAAGUAUGAAGUUCCCCAAAUUAGUUGGGGGAAAUAUUGUAGUAUUAUGGAUAUAAAGUCAAAAUAUGAUGGGAAUAAAGUCAUAAUAUUACAAGAAGAAAGUUGUAAUAUGUGAAAAAUGGGGGGGGGGGGAAACAGCUGAGAAGAAUAAAGAAUGAAGCGAAAAAAAGGAAAAAGAAAUAGCAUUUUAACGAGAAACAGUUGCAAUUUUACAAGAAUGAACUGUUGAUAUUACGAGGAAAAAUAAUGAAAUAAUAACGAGGAAUAUAUCUUAUUUUUUAAGUCAUAAUAUGAAAAACAAAACAAAAUAAAGUUGUUAUUUUUGGAAAGUAUUACGUAUAUUACGGGAAUAAAGUCCUAAUACCACAAGGAUCAAAUUGACAAGAAGCGAGUUGUGAUAUUUGAAAAAUGAGGUAAAAACAGCUGUCAUUUUACAAGGAAAAAGUCCAAACACGAAGAGGAAAAUAGUAUUUCGACGAGAAAAAAAAGUUGCAAUUUCAGGAGAAUGAACGUGUAAUGUUACGAGGAAACAUAAUGUCAUUUUAGCAGCACAGAGUUGAAACAUUCAAGAAAAAAAUGUGUGUUUUUAUUUUUUCUUGAAGUUGUAAUAUUACGACAAACAAACAAAGCAUUUUUGGAAAAUCAGCGUGGGGAAAAAGUGAGAAUAUUACGGGAAUAAAGCCAUCAUAUUCCCAAGUUAAAAGCAGGUGACAGGGUCCGUGUGUUUAUGUGGGUUAAGACGGGCCAUCUGCUGUUUGGCUGGAAGGGGGCGGGGUCCACGGACGGCGGCGGCCAUGUUUGCACAAAUACGCAGACCGCGGCAAGGCCGCCUCGCCGCUUUUCUGUCGCUGCUCACUUUUGCUUGACAUCCGUCAUCAGGAGAGACAUUUCCCAUCGUCGGAAGAAGGAGUCGGCCGCUAACUUGAUUCGUCUGUGACCCACCCCCGCUAGAAAUGGAUCGGGCCAAGCGACUUAGUUGUUGUACUCCCACUCCACGCCGACAAAUACCAUGCAUGCAUGUCAAUGCCACAUGAAGUCAUGGAUCAUAUGAUGGGUUGUUUGCUCAGUGACAAAUGCAAGGUAUGUUGCGUUGCCAUAUUUACAUCCUCUUUGCCAAUCAUGCACUCCUGUACUGCACAGUGUGCACACAGCACGGGGGGGCUUAUCUUUUACUGCACAUUGAAACAAUACAAUGAACUACUGUAGUUCUUCCUGGGAUAGAUUAUUCAGGGCAGCAAUCUUCCAGUUACGCAGUUUCACUCGAUCACCAUUUUUCAAAAAUACAGCAGAGCCGUUCAUAAAUCUGCUGCUGCUUCCAGGUGACAAGUCUGACAUUUGUUUUCUUCGAAAUGAAGCAUUUUGAAGUCAAUUAGAAAUAUAAGGCAUUCAGAAAACGCAUUGAAAGGGGAUGCGAUGACGUGUAGUAUCGUACACCGGCCACUAGGCGUCACUAUUGUUGCUGUAAUGUUGGCUGAGACACACAAGCACCAGACUCGAUGUGUCCAGCUUUGAAUCAGCUCACAUAAGGUAUAAGGUGUUAGCAUGUAAUGUACUGUAUGUACAUAUACAGAUAAAUGUAGCGUAUAAGGUGUUAGCAUAUACUGUACUGUAUGUACAAAUACAGAUAAAUGUAGUGUAUAAGUUGUUAGCAUGUACUGUACUGUAUGUACAUAUACAGAUAAAUGUAGCGUAUGAGGUGUUAGCAUGGACUGUACUGUAUGUACAUAUACAGAUAAAUGUAGCGCAUAGGGUGUUAGCAUAUACUGUACUGUAUGUACAUAUACAGAUAAAUGUAGCGUAUGAGGUGUUAGCAUGUACUGUACUGUAUGUACUCAUACAGAUAAAUGUAGCGUAUAAGGUGUUAGCAUGUACUGUACUGUAUGUACAUAUACAGAUAAAUGUAGCGUAUAAGGUGUUAGCAUGUACUGUACUGUAUGUACAUAUACAGAUAAAUGUAGCGUAUAAGGUGUUAGCAUAUACUGUACUGUAUGUACAAAUACAGAUAAAUGUAGUGUAUAAGGUGUUAGCAUGUACUGUACUGUAUGUACAUAUACAGAUAAAUGUAGCGUAUGAGGUGUUAGCAUGGACUGUACUGUAUGUACAUAUACAGAUAAAUGUAGCGCAUAGGGUGUUAGCAUAUACUGUACUGUAUGUACAUAUACAGAUAAAUGUAGCGUAUGAGGUGUUAGCAUGUACUGUACUGUAUGUACACAUACAGAUAAAUGUAGCGUAUAAGGUGUUAGCAUGUACUGUACUGUAUGUACAUAUACAGAUAAAUGUAGCGUAUGAGGUGUUAGCAUGUACUGUACUGUAUGUACAUAUACAGAUAAAUGUAGCGUAUAAGGUGUUAGCAUAUACUGUAUGUACAUAUACAGAUAAAUGUAGGGUAUAAGGUGUUAGCAUGUACUGUACUGUAUGUACAUAUACAGAUAAAUGUAGCGUAUAAGGUGUUAGCAUGUACUGUACUGUAUGUACAUAUACAGAUAAAUGUAGCGUAUGAGGUGUUAGCAUAUACUGUACUGUAUGUACAUAUACAGAUAAAUGUAGCGUAUGAGGUGUUAGCAUAUACUGUACUUUAUGUACAUAUACAGAUAAAUGUAGCGUAUGAGGUGUUAGCAUGUACUGUACUGUAUGUACACAUACAGAUAAAUGUAGCGUAUAGGGUGUUAGCAUGUACUGUAUGUACAUAUACAGAGACAUGGUGUAGAUGUCUGGUGUGUGAGAAGUAAAAGAUGAUGUGAAAGAGUGUGAUGUCCUGCCUGAGGGAGAAGAAGAAGGAAAGGAUGGGAGAAGUGCUUCUUCUCAUGGCUGCUGUUAUUUGGUGUAUGCUUUACCCCCGCCGGGGAUGAAGACGCUCUGAUGUUUGUUUAGUGGCCUCAUUCACCCCCCCUCCCUGUUAGUGUAUUUCCAUCCAUCCUUUCAUGCCAUCCUCCAUCUAUUCACACACACACACUGGAAGUAGCGUGUGAUAGCUCCUCAGGCAGGAUGGCUUCUAAUGAAAGCAGCAUGAGUGUGCUAUAGAGGAGGUAGAGUAGAGGAGGUAGAGCGCCGUGAUGGAGCAGCGCAGCACCAGUCUAAAGUGGGACAGCCAAGGGUUAGCGUGAUGGAGGCAGGCCAUGAAGCGCUGCAGGUUGUGGAGAUGUGUGAAGCUGUCGUGGGGAAAGGCGAGCUCAUCAUCACCACCGUGGGAAGAGACUCCGCCUCGCCUGCGUUGGUCACCUCGGGAGCGGGACACCAAUCAGGCCAGGAUGACACGUGGGGGGAGACCACCACGGCCGUCACGGGCACGUCGGAGCGCAGCCUGUCUCAGGAGGACGUGGUGCGAAUCACCAAGGACCUGGAGGACAGCGUGGGGCUGGACUGCCGCCGCUACUUGGCGCUCACCCUGGCCGCGGUCCUGGGCGUCCUGGUGUUACUCACGCCGCCGGCCUUCCUGGUGCUGCCCCACCUGCUGUGGCCAGAGAGGCUGCAGAGCUGCGGCACGGCCUGCGAGGGCCUCUUCAUCUCCGUGGCCUUCAAGCUGCUCAUCCUGCUGCUCGCCGUCUGGGCCCUCUUCUUCCGCACGCCGCCCGCCAGCCUCCCGCGCCUCUUCGUGCUGCGGACGCUGCUCGCCGUCCUGGUGCUGCUCUUUGUGCUCUCCUAUUGGUUGUUCUACGCCGUAAGGAUACUACACUCCCAGGAUGAGAACUACCAGGGCAUCGUGCAGUACGCCGUGUCGCUGGUGGACGCGCUGCUCUUCAUUCACUACCUGGCCGUGGUGCUGCUGGAGCUCCGGCAGCUGCGGCCGCAUUUCUCCGUGUGCGUCACGCGCUCCACCGACGGCCAGACCAGGCACUACAACCUGGGGCAGCUCAGCAUCCAGCGGGCAGCGUUGGCCGUCUUGGAGCGCUACUAUUCCCAUUUCCCCAUCCAUAACCCGGCUUUGCUCUCCGCCUCCAAGUCCCGAGCUGCCAGGCACCUGGCGGGCCUCAAGGUGUACAACGUGGAUGGAGACUUCCCAGCGGCCUCCGCUGAAGGCCCGCUGGGGAAUAACGCCACAGCAGGACUGGGCCACUCCCAGUCCAGAGCCAUGAUCGCUGCCGCCGCCCGCCGCCGAGACGCCAGCCAUAACGAGCUCUACUAUGAGGAGGCGGAGCACGAGAGGCGAGUACGCAAACGCAGAGCCAGGCUGGUGGUGGCUGUAGAAGAGGCCUUCGCACACAUCAAGCACAUGCAGGAGGAGGAGGAGCUGAAGAAAGCUCCAGGAGAUGUGAUGGACCCGCGAGAGGCGGCACAAGCCAUCUUCCCAUCCAUGGCGCGGGCCCUGCAGAAGUACCUGAGGAGCACCAAGCAGCAGCACUGCCACAGCAUGGAGAGCAUCCAGCAGCACCUGGCCUUCUGCAUCUCCAACAACAUGUCCCCCAAGGCCUUCUUGGAGAGCUACCUGACGCCGGGCCCCACCCUGCAGUACGGUCGCGACCACUGGCUGGCUCGCCAAUGGACCCUGCUCAGCGAGGCCUCGGUCACCAGCGGCCUGAAGGACGGGACCGUCUUCCUGCUCAGGUGCGUAGACUUCAGCCUGGUGGUGAGCGUCAAGAAGAUGCCCUACAUCCACAUGUCGGAGGAGUACAUCGACCCCAAGUCCCACAAGUUCGUCCUGCGCCUGCAGUCCGAAACCUCAGUAUAGCUCCUUUUUUCUUACUUUUUAUGCAGCUGCACGCUUUUUUUCAACUUCUGGGAAUUGAUACUGGAUUUGUACGCGGCCAUCAAGUGGACUGUUUCAUACCUCCAUGCCAGGGACACGACGAUUGUGGAACAACAUGGCCUACGUACUGUACAGACAGUACAAAAAUGACUAGUAUUUUUUACACUGAAAAUACAUCAUAAGGUGGUCAUCAUUUAUAAAUACAGCAGGUGCAAAUGUUCAGCAUACACGCACCACUGUUACAUCAUUUUUACAUCUUCGUGUCUUUGCGCUUCACUCGUCACGGUUUUUCCUCAAAACUUUGUUCACCACAGUUGCAGUGAGACGCAAAAGUGAAACUUGUGUAUAACUUCUACACCAGGGGUGUCCAAAGUGCCGGCCGGGGGCCUUUUGCCGCCCGCGGCUGUUUUUUUAUUGGUCCGCAGCACAUUAUGAAAACAUCAUUUAGCAAGAAAACAACAGAAAAAAUGGACAAAUCAUCAGUCGUUUUACCGGAAUAAAGUAAAAAUAUGAAGAGAAAAAAAGAUAUCUAAAUGUCAUGAGGUAAAAUGAUGUCAUUUUAGGAGCAUAAAGUUGAAAUAUUAAAGGUUAUUUUUUAAUGUCGUAAAGUUCUAAGAAACAAAACAAACUAAAAUUUGUUUUCGUUUUUGGAAAAUGAGGUUGGAGGAAAAAGUUAUGUGAAUAAAGUAAAAAUAUUAUGGGAAUAAAGUCACAGAUAUGAGAAGUAAAUUUACAAUAAGAAAGUUGAAAGAGUUGGAAAGUAAAAAAAACCCAGCAGAAACGGAAAAGACACCUGUCAUUUUAUGACAAUGAAGUCCAAAUAUUAAGAGAAAAAAAGUUGGAAUGUUACGAGAAUAAACUUGUAAUAUUAUGUGGAAAAAUAAUGUCACUUUAGUAGCACAAAGUUCAAAUAUUAAAAUAUGAUCCUAAUAGUCCUAAUAUUAUGAGAAACAAACAAAACAACGAAUAAGGUUGUGGAAUAAGUUACAAUGUUAUGAGAAUAAAGUCAAAAUAAUAUGGGAAUAAAGUCAUAAUAUUACAAGAAGAAAGUUCAAAUACUGAGAAAAUGUAAAUAAAAACAACAGCAAAAAUGGGAAAAAAACAGCUCUAAUUUUACAAUAAUAAAGUCAAAAGUCGUAUUCUAAAGAGUUAAAUACUCACAAUUUUACGAGAAUAAACUUGUAAUAAUAUGAGGAUUUUUUAAAAGUCACAAUGUUAUGAGAAACAAACCAAAAAGUGUUGGAAUUUUUGGAACAUUAGGUGAGGAAAAAGUUACAAUAUAAUGGGAAUAAAGUCGUAAUAUUACGAGGAGAAACUUGAAAUAGUCAAAAUAUUUUACUAGAAAAACAUUUUUACAAGAUAAAGAAUCGUAAAUAAUUCAAACGGAAUAAGACAUUGAUGGCUAGGAUGAGCGUAUGGAAGUGAGGUUGUGCGCUACCGCCCCCUGGUGAGCACGGAACAUACUGUACCUACUAUGCUAUGAUGCCAAUGCAUCUACAGAAGUGGGGCUUUUGGCCGAAGGGACGGAGUAAAACGUGAUCAAAGACACAACUCUUGUACAAGCUCAGGUUGAGGUGACCUCUUCUUUAGUGACGUCAUUCCACAAUAUCAUUCCCCCCCUUUUGGGGGUCCCAGAACCCAUUGUUGACAUUUUGUAGAUCUUUUCUUUGAUCUAACACGCUUUUUUUCUAUGUCUCAGCUGCAAUGACAAUAAAGUUUUCAUUGUUCCGGUAGCUCCAACCAUCCCUGCUUUCAUUUUCAAGCUUACUUUGCUCUCAACAGGAAGUGAGUAUCGCAGGUUUUAAUGUGGUCUAAGCAGACAGCAGUUAUUAUCCUGCUGCUUGGCUACUUCUAAUGAUGUCAACGUAAACGCAACAUUCUUUGUCAAAAUGAACACAUUUCAUGUCGACAAAAGCAGGAACUUUAAUAAGAAGAACACAGUGAACCGGGACUUUUGGUCCGCAUAGGAGGGUUGUCAACAUAGAAGGGUUGUCGACAUAAACAGGAUGUCAACAUAGACGGGUUUUUGACAUAAAAGGGUUGUCGACCUAAACAGGAUGUCAACAAAAACAGGUUUUUGGCAUAAAAGGGUUGCCGACACAAAUGGAUUUUCGACCUAAACAGGUUGUAAACAUAGACGGGUUUUUGACAUAAAAGGGAUGUUGACUGAAAUGGGUUGUCGACAUAAACAGGUUGUCAAUAUAGACGGGUUUUUGACAUAAAAGGGUUGCCGACACAAACGGGUUGUCGACCUAAACUGACGUGUUUUUGACAUAAAUGGGUUGCCGUCACAAACGGGUUGUCAGGUUGUCAACAAAAACAGGUUUUUGACAUAAAAGGGUUGCCGACACAAACAGGUUGUCGACCUAAACUGGUUGUCAACACAGACGGGUUUUUCACAUAAAAGGGAUGUUGACUGAAAUGGGUUGUCGACAUAAACAUGACGUCUACAUAGACGGGUUUUUGACAUAAAAGGGUUGUUGACACAAACAGGUUGUCGACCUAAACAGGUUGUCAAGAUAGACGGGUUUUUGACACAAAAGGGAUGUUGACUGAAAUAGCUUGUCGACAUAAACAGGUUGUCAAUAUAGACGGGUUUUUGACAUAAAAGGGAUGUUGACUGAAAUGGGUUGUCGACAUAAACAGGUUGUCAAUAUAGACGGGUUUUUGACAUAAAAGGGUUGCCGACACAAACAGGUUGUCGACCUAAACUGUUUGUCAACACAGACGGGUUUUUGACAUGAAAGGGAUGUUGACUGAAAUAGGUUGUCGACAUAAACAGGUUGUCGACAUAAACAGGUUGUCAAUAUAGACGGGUUUUUGACAUAAAAGGGAUGUUGACUGAAAUGGGUUGUCGACAUAAACAGGUUGUCAAUAUAGACGGGUUUUUGACAUAAAAGGGUUGCCGACACAAACGGGUUGUCGACCUAAACUGACGUGUUUUUGACAUAAAUGGGUUGCCGUCACAAACGGGUUGUCAGGUUGUCAACAAAAACAGGUUUUUGACAUAAAAGGGUUGCCGACACAAACAGGUUGUCGACCUAAACUGGUUGUCAACACAGACGGGUUUUUCACAUAAAAGGGAUGUUGACUGAAAUGGGUUGUCGACAUAAACAUGACGUCUACAUAGACGGGUUUUUGACAUAAAAGGGUUGUUGACACAAACAGGUUGUCGACCUAAACAGGUUGUCAAGAUAGACGGGUUUUUGACACAAAAGGGAUGUUGACUGAAAUAGCUUGUCGACAUAAACAGGUUGUCAAUAUAGACGGGUUUUUGACAUAAAAGGGAUGUUGACUGAAAUGGGUUGUCGACAUAAACAGGUUGUCAAUAUAGACGGGUUUUUGACAUAAAAGGGUUGCCGACACAAACAGGUUGUCGACCUAAACUGUUUGUCAACACAGACGGGUUUUUGACAUGAAAGGGAUGUUGACUGAAAUAGGUUGUCGACAUAAACAGGUUGUCGACAUAAACAGGUUGUCAAUAUAGACGGGUUUUUGACAUAAAAGGGAUGUUGACUGAAAUGGGUUGUCGACAUAAACAGGUUGUCAAUAUAGACGGGUUUUUGACAUAAAAGGGUUGCCGACACAAACAGGUUGUCGACCCAAACUGGUUGUCAACAUAGACGGGUUUUUGACAUAAAAGGGUUGACCAAAAUGGGCUGUAGUUUUGUGUUUAAUGUUGAAAAGCGGGCCGUGUUUGCUUGUUUGUAGACUAUAUCGUGGGCCCCGGGGCCUGACUUUGGACCACGCUGCCGUCGUGGUACUACAUUCUUUUUCCUCGUAGCUAAAAUGUUUGGUGAAGUUGAAAAGGUGGCACUUUGUGCGUCGCUGUGUUGUCACAACAGCAUGUUUGGACCUUGAAUGAAUGUGAAAAUGAAGCCCAUCACUUGAUUGUCCGCCUGUCACACCUCAUCUGUCGUCGGCUUCAUCGUCCCGUCCUCAUUUGGCCGUCUCCUCCGUGCAGGUCCAGGAUCAGGCUGAGGAAGGGAAAUGAACAUUUGCAUGCAAAUGGAAAGCUUGUCCGCUCCUAUUUCUUCGGUAAUGACUUGGUUAUGUGCUGAUGGAUGCGUCUCCUGCUGCUUCAUCUUCUCCCACAGCACUCUGAUUGGAUUCCUCUUUGUCUCCUGGCCCACUUCACACGCCCACCAAACUGCAGUAUUGCCUCAUUUGGAGUCCCGGCCAUCAAUGCCAAUCAUUUUAUUCAGGCUGAAUGAAUAUUAUUGUGCAGUUCAACUUGGAAUUGUGACCAAUAUACACACACAUGUAUUUCUUCAAUCUGGUCUUUAAAUCAAAGGUUUUACCAGCGAGGGCCACAUAGUGAAAAAUGAAAGGAUGCAACUUACAUAUUUUGUAAAAUAUGCUAAAAAAUGAUAUUUGCUUCAAGAAAUAAUUUUAUUUAACUUUUUUAAACUUUAUUCCCAUAAUUAACAAAAACUUUAUUCCCAUAUUAUAACUUUUUCCCCAACCUAUUUCGGUUUUAAACAGAAUGAACAAGGUGAGCGCAUGAACUCCGACGACCGACACGGACAGUUUUCUCAGCUGGGAUGGAGGUGCUCGGGCAACGGCGCCUUCGUCCUGGCAGUCAACGCUUACUGAGGCUUUUGGUCGGCAAAGAUAAACAAAACAGUGCAAAAUGGUGCACACUCACAGACAGUGUCGCUCGCUACAUUUCGAAAGAACCAUUCAAUACGGUUGUAGAGCAUCAAUUUGAAACAACAUACGUACAGGCAACUUGUGUGCCUAGCUAAAGCGGCUCAAGUGCACUAUACUUUAAUACCAUCUAGUGGUGCAAAUGUGAAUUACACCUCUCAUGACAAUAAUGAAAAAAUGGUCUCAAAAAACGUUGUCGAUAAUAUCCAUUAUCGACAAUAAUGUGCAGCACAAUUAUCGACCAGUAAAAUUUGUUAUCGUGUUUUUAUUUUAUUAUUUUUUUCCCCCAAUUAUUUCAACUUUCUUCUUGUAAAUUUUCUUCUCAUUCAUUCCCAUAUUUUGACUUUAUUCUCGUAACGUCAUAACUUUCCCCCCAACCAAAUUUUCCAAAAAUUACAACUCUUUUUGUUUUGUUUUUUUUCCAAAAAGUAUAUAUUUUUUUUUUAAUAAUUCAACUCUAUGCAACUAAAUAAAUUUUUCCUUAUACUACCAGUUUAUUCUCUUAAAAUUGCAACUUUUUUUGUCUUAAUGUUUUGACUUUAUUUUGUAAAAUUAUUGCUGAUUUUUCCAUUUAGGCUGCUGCUACUGUUGUUUUUCUUAGUUUUCUUGUUAAAUGAUAUUUUAAGAAUGUGCUGCUGGCCAAUUAGAAAAGACGGCAUAAAUGGCCCCACGGCCACACUUUGGACAGCCCUGUUUUAACCACAUACGCUAGCCGAAGGUAGCGUUCUUAAAAAAAAAAAGUCAUUUGGAACGAGUUGCAUCCUGUCCCUUUCAGGCAGGGGUCUCAAACUCAACUCAGCUGGGGGCCGCAUCAGGAAUUCUACUAGGAUAAUCAACAACUUUGUUAACUGGAAACACGUACUUUGAGCAAAUGUGCCGCAAGGCAUGCUGGGUGCAGGGCAUGACUCCCGUUGCUGGAAGUGCUUCCAGCUUCCUGGCAUGCCUCAUCAUCAUCCUAACCCUUUGAAAGACGUUAAUAUUUACUGCAUGGGCGCAGUCAUGCGGUGUUUACAAUUCAUGCUCUCACAAAUGCGUUAUUUCUCAGCAGCACACUUGUGAUUGCCCAGCUGGUACUUGGAAGAGAAUGCUCCAUGGCACGCACUGCAACGCAACACUUUCUCGCCGGUGUGUCGUCGCAUGUGUGUUUUCAAAUACUGAUUUCGUCUAAAACCUUUACCGCAGACUGAGCAGGUGAAAGGUUUCUCGCCAGUGUGUUUCCUCAUGUGUAUUUUCAAAGUAUCAUUUUGCACAAAAGCCACACCGCACACUGAACAGGGAAAAGGUUUCUCUCCGGUGUGUAUCCUUGUGUGCGCUGUCAAAUUGGACUUUUCCGAGAAGGGUUUACCGCAAACUGAGCACACGAAUGGUUUUUCUCCUGUGUGGACUCUCAUGUGUUUUUUCAAACUAUCAUUUUGUACAAAAGCCACUCCGCACACUGGACAGGAAAACGCCUUCUCACCCGUGUGUGUUUUCAUGUGUCUCACGAGUGUUGUUCGGUCAUAAGAGCCUCUGUUGCAGAUUGAACAGGAAUAUGGUUUUUCUCCAGUGUGUAUUCUUGUGUGCGUGGUUAAGUUGGACUUUUGAGAGAAGCUUUUACCGCAGACUGAACAGGUAAAAGGCUUCUCUCCGGUGUGUGUUCUCGUGUGGAUUUUCAAAUCUUGAUUUCGUCGACAACUUAUACCGCACACUGAACAGGUAAAAGGUUUUUCUCCGGUGUGUAUUCUUGCGUGUGUUGUCAAACUGCCUUUCUGAGUGAAACCUUUACCACACACUGAGCACACAAAGGGUUUCUCUCCUGUGUGGGUUCUCACGUGCCUUUCCAAGGUGGACUUGUUGACAAAGGUUUCGUCGCACUGAGAGCAUUUCCAGUGUGUGUUGUCAGCUUUAGAGUCUUCAUCAUCAGUGUCGGGAGAGUGUGACCACGUGUCGUCGCCGUCUGACAGUGGAGCCGAGAGGUUGUCUGCUUCAUCAGCGUCUGUCGUCACGCGUUGAGUCGAGCUGCUGCUCGGAGGCUCCACCUCCUCAUCCUCACUCUUCACAUGGACAACAAUCACUGGGAACUCCUCCAGUCCUUCAAGAUGCUCUCCCUCCUGACUGUUGCGGUGAUUCUCCUCUUCUUUAAUGUUGGGGGUCUGUGGCUCCCCUUUUUCCAGUUUAAUAUGGGGGGGCUGUGGCUCCCACUCUUCCUCUUUAAUGUGGGGCAGCUGUGGCUCCCCCUCUUCUUCUUUAACGUGUGGGGGCUGUAGCCCCUCCUGCUCCACCCUGCAGCCCCGUUUCUGCUGCUCAGGGGGAAGACCUUCCUCACAGACAUCUGCAGGACACAAGAAGACAAAAUGCAUGCUGUUGUCACGUGCCUGCCUUUGCAGUACACACCACCAAAAUAGAUUUGAAAUCAUCCAUAAAUAAAUAAGCAUGUGAUUGAAGUGUAGACUUUGGCCUUUAACGGAAGAGGAUUGGUAAAAUAAAAAAUAUGUCAGCAUGUGAUGGGGUGAGUAGUGGCUGAUUUGCAGUCAGCUCCCGCGGCACACAGAGCACAGUGGAGCCCUCCACAUCCAUGAGUCACGCGCAACGCCACCAGGGUGGAUCCCCUCCCGUUUUACAGAGCGGAAUCUAAAACAUCAAUGUUUCUUAAUCUUCAUUAAAUGACUACUCAUUACACUCAAGCCUCAUUGGGACUCGCUCACUUACCUGUCAGGAUGUCCUAACUUGUGAUGGCAGAACGAUGUGUGAUAAAUGAAACAAGUAGUCCUAACGACAAGACAAAAGGUGGAGGCUGGAGGCAGUCCGGAUGUAAUUAUUACGCUGUCUAGACUUUGAGAGGAGCUCAAAAUAAAAAAGUUAUUUUAUUGUGAUAAAGUGAUGGCCAAUGAAAUGAAAUAGACUAAGAAUCAAGUUUAACUGCAGGUCCAAACUCACUUUUUUGUCUCGCCUAUGGAGUUCGGCUUUUUUUCCCGACAGCAUCUGUUACAACUUCAGAUGCAAAUUAGCCAGUGACGCCAUGGAGGGAGUUCUAGCGCAGCCAAUAGCUAUUUUUCUGACUGAGGCGUUGGCAAGCGUGGACAUGCAUUAGACGCAUGCGCGAUGAUGUCAAUAACAACCCGUCGACGAAUGAAUUAGUGUUGGCUUCAUUUUGGUGUAGUCAUCGACUACCAAACAUGCAACCAUACCUUCAAUGUGUACCACAAUUUGAGUCUUGCUAACAGCUUCCGGCUGUUGUCGCGCCUUCUCCUCCUUUGUUUGACAAAGUUCCUCUUCGUACGACGCCAUCGUCAAUAUUUCACCGGGGGCCUCCAUAAGCCGUUCCUUCGCCAACUAUUUCAGCACUUGGAAUUUUUUUUAAACUCGAUAACACUUCGCGGUCGUGCUUUGUCUCGAAGCGUUGCUGACUUCCGCCUUUACUUCUUCGAUGGUGGUUUUACAGCAGCUAUCAGUCAUGGCCUCACACUGCUGCCAUCUUGCGGCGGUAUUGAAGACUGCUGAAGAGGCGCUGCAAAAAGGUCAGUUGCUAUAACAAUAAUAAUUCUGUAACAAUGACACAUUGUGAGAAAAAAGUGCAUCUCAGCUUUGUCAUACAGCUGAAAAGAUAUCUAAAUGUCUACUUCACUCUUUGCUCUUUUUUCACUUGUUUUUGCAUUCCCAUAAUAUUGUAACCUUGUCCCCAUCCUAAUGUUCCAAAAAUGACAACUUUAUUUACUUUUGUGUGUCUCUCAUAAUA